UAAAAAGUCACACAUGUCUUUGAAAUUAUAUUCAUUAAAUAUUAUCUUACAACAGUAAACCAAAUUAUUGUAAGCCCAAAUUAUGUCCAUGAACGAAUCGAGAGCUCAUCAAUGGGCUUUAUAUGCACUGGCGGGAUUGACGGGCUUUGUAUGCGGGGCCUUUGUUCAGCAAGAGGCGUCCAUAAGGCAACUUUUCCAGCAGAUCCGCAGGGAUCCCUAUAUUUACCAUCAUCGUCAUAAGUUGUAUCCCAUGCUAUCUACCUUUAGGACAGACCAUGAAACCCGUUUGUGGAAUAGUUCCACGUCUUUGGCUGACAAAUUCAGAGAAUUGGUAGUAUCACCGAUUUUCGACUUUGUUAGCGCUGCCUUAAUGCUAAAAACUGAUUCAGCAACUACAACAGAUCUGCUAGAUUUAAUCAAAUACGGACUGCCCAGCACGGAGAACUUGUAUGUCCACAAGGACUAUAUUGUUUCGCAGGAUAUGUGCACGAAUGCCCCAAGAUGGAUCUGUGAGCAUUUCCGGGGGGAUUAUCAAAAAAUGGCGUCCGAUGAAGGCGGCUAUAGUAACCUGAAUCUGCGCUACAAUGAUGUCUAUGUUUUGAGCUGCGGUUCGAUGAAGAUCUGUAAAGUAUUUAAGCGGAAAAUAUGGAACGAUCUGGAGAAAUAUGUUUCCACUAAGGCUAAGGAGUUCGGCUCAGUGUACACUUACACUGGACCGAUUUACACACCAUCCUGUCACGAGAAUGGCAAAUGGACAAUGAAAUACGAGGUGUUCGAUUGGACUCCGAUGCCGGUUCCAUCGCAUUACUUUAAGGUCCUGAUCGUAGAGAGUCGAAUUCCGGGACUAUAUCCUUUUAUGGAAGGAUAUAUCAUCGAAAACAGCCGAAUGGUGGGCGGAAAGUUAAGUGAUCAUCGGGCCAAGGUAGACGAAAUAGAACGUUUUACGGGCCUGCAGUUCAACAAGGUCCUGCAACCCGUUGUGCAAUUUGAUAAGAACUCUUUCAAGGUGGACACCAGGGCCUGGGCGGGACGAUUCGAGGAAAUUUCUGAGCCACUUGUUACCCUUCCUGCGAAUAAGGAAAUAAAAGAGUUUUAAAGUAUGUUUCUAAAGUUUUAAAGCGUAAAUGUAAGCUUCAGUUUUGGAAAAGAAACGGGAUGUUUUUAAAUCAACU